AAAUUCCACCCCUCCUUUUAUCUUCUGUAACAAUGGAACCAUGAAAAUAUGAAGCUGACCAUGAACGUCACCUUCCCACGGUUCGUCCUUCGUUUUGGGUUUUCUUCCAAAACCCUAACUUACCCCCGAAACCAUGCCAAUUUUCUUUUCUUCCCAGAAAGAAAAAGACAUAUCACAACUGCCCUCUCUUCUCAAAAUUCAAGUGAAGAGUUACUAGUGGUGGUUGGAGGCGGAGCAGCUGGAAUAUAUGGAGCAAUUAGGGCUAAAUCUAUAGCACCUAAUCUCAAAGUGCUAGUUAUUGAAAAGGGGAAGCCUUUAUCAAAGGUUUUGGCGGAAAAUUACCCUAGGGGUUAUAAGGAACUGAGAGGCUCUUUCUUCAGUAUGCAUGGCCCUGUGGAUACGAUGUCCUGGUUUUCUAAUCAUGGGGUGCAAUUAAAGACUGAAGAUGAUGGAAGGGUAUUUCCUGUCAGUAACAGCUCAUCUUCUAUUAUUGAUUGCCUUAUGUUUGAAGUAAAGCAGAGCGGAGGUAUGUCAGUGCACUUGGCAAUGGAAGUUCUACUGCAGACUGGCAAAGUCGUAACAGCUGUAUCUGCCACUGAUAGUGGGAAAUUCCUUCUCAAGAUUGAGAAGCGUACAAUUGACUUUGUAGAAUUUGUUGAAGCUGAUUAUCUAUUAAUUGCCAGUGGGAGUAGCCGACAGGGUUAUGCACUUGCUGCGCAACUUGGACAUUCCCCAAUAGAACCAGUACCGAGUUUAUUCACUUUCAAGAUUCAGGAUUUGCAGUUGGCAGAAUUGUCUGGGGUUACAUUCCCUAAAGUUAAAGCAAGGUUGAAGUUACAAAAUGUUCAAAAGACUAUACCCUGGCUUACACAGGUUGGACCCAUGCUAAUCACACACUGGGGGCUUAGUGGGCCAGUAAUUCUUCGGUUAUCUGCUUGGGGAGCCCGUGAGCUGUUCGGUGCAGGUUAUGAAGGGAUUCUUUCUGUGGAUUUUGUUCCUGAUCUUCAUAUCGAAGAUGUGAAGUCCACUCUUCUUGAACACAAGAAUCAGUUUGCGAAGCAAAAAGCGCUCAACUUAUGUCCUUCAGAAUUUGGCCUUGUGAAGAGGUUUUGGAAGUAUAUACUAGAACGCGAGGGUGUAUGUGAAGAUAUCUUGUGGGCUUCCGUUUCGAACAAUUCAUUAAUGUCUGUUGCUUCUCUGUUGAAGCAGUGUUCAUUUGCAGUGAAAGGGAAGGGCCAAUUUAAGGAUGAAUUUGUCACUGCUGGAGGUGUUCCAUUGUCUGAGAUCUCGCUGAACACGAUGGAGAGCAAGAUACAGUCACGUCUAUUCUUUGCUGGAGAGGUGCUAAAUGUUGAUGGGGUAACAGGCGGUUUCAAUUUUCAGAAUGCUUGGUCAGGUGGAUACAUUGCAGGAACUACUAUUGGUAAUUUGGCAUUAACUGCUAAUAUGAAAAAAGGAAGUUGUGAUACAGGCAUCAAAGCGUGAAGAUUAGCCUGAAUAGCUAGUUCAUGUAUAUAACAUUUUUGAAUGAUAAGAGUAGCUUUUUGAUUAACUGUGAAUUGACAUUUUAUUUUCUGAUUAACUGUGAAUUGACAUUUUAUUUUCUUU